UUCAUAUUAAGCGACGGAGGCAACACUGUAGUGAAGCGCCUCACGGCUGGGGCAACAUCCACAUAAUUUCUUCCCCCUUUGCGUUGUUGCCCCUGUCUUUUUUUUGCUCUUUUUAAUGAGGGGCAGAAUCAUCUGUAAGAAAUAUGAUUAGAAGCCGCGUUCCUCUUUAAUUUUAAGUGACUAUUUGCAGUAUUUCCGACCCGGGGGCUGCAUCUCUCGAAAGUAGCGGAUUUCUGGCUUUCUCUACAUUGAAUAACAUCCUACACAAACACGCCGCGUAAACAAGUUCAUAAAUGGUGGAAGCCAUUGUGGAGUUUGAUUACCAGGCCCAGCACGAUGACGAGUUGACCAUCGCUGUCGGUGACAUCAUCAGUAACAUCAGGAAGGAUGAGGGCGGCUGGUGGGAGGGAGAGCUGGACGGUCGGAGAGGGCUCUUCCCUGACAACUUUGUCAGAGAGAUAAAGAAAGACUCGAAAAAAGAGGUGAAGAAGGAGUCCAGCUUGGCCGGAUCCAAAUCAGACCUGUCCAAUGGCAGCGCCAGCCCAAAAUCAGAACCCAGCCUCAGACCCGCCAAGAAAGGUGAGGCAAUCAGAAAAAAGCGUUGCAAAGCUGCCUUUAGCUACACUCCGCAGAAUGAAGAUGAGCUAGAACUGAAGAUCGGAGAUGUUAUUGAGGUUCUGGGAGAGGUGGAGGAGGGAUGGUGGGAAGGCUUUCUCAAUGGCAGAUCUGGGAUGUUCCCCUCUAACUUCACCAAGGAACUGUUGGCCGAGGCUGAAGAUCUGACCCCACAGGACGACACACGCAGCACACGAACCAGUAUAAAGGACAGCACCGGCUCAGAGAGUGAUGGCGGCGACUCCAGUAGUUUACGGUCUGAUACUGGCAGUGUGUCCUCCAGCUCUGAGAUUCAGCCCAAAAAGGUUCGGGGGUUCGGCUUCGGGGACAUCUUCAAAGACCAGCCUAUCAAACUCCGCCCACGAUCCCUGGACAUGGACGGUGAGGGAGAAAAGGUGAGUUUGUAUUAUUGGAGUCCCUGUAUUUUAAUGAAGCAAAUUGUAUGUGCGUUUUACAACUCUGUAAUUACAGUCAGGCCGUCUCUAUCUUGGUCCCCUGCGUUUACUCUGCCUUCGGCCCCACAGUCUCUUGUUCAUUAAAACCUUCCCGUCUUCCUGUCCCAC